UGGACUUGAUGGGCCGCUAGGCUCAAAUUCAGACUUCAAGUCCCGUAAUUGUCUUCAAUUUAUAUGUUUUUCUUUAACCGACAGGCCAUUGCUCGGACUUUCAUACCAGGCAGCCACCAAGAGGACUUCAGUUUACUCUUGGUACACCGAGAAACCCUGGCAUGUUUGAUACGAUCGUUAUGGCGAAUUUGGGAUAUUUCCAGCUCAAAGCUUAUCCAGGUGCUUGGUCACUUAGAGUAAGAGAAGGCAGGUCAUCUGAAAUUUACGAGAUUGAAAGUGUUUCCGGAAGCGUAAAGGAAGGUGACACUCAUUUUACAGUCGUUGUCGACAGCUUUAUUGGAAAACUUAUGAAAGUAAAGGUAAAGAGAAAGCCUGGCAUGGAAGGUAAAGAUCUCUUAAGUGAUUCUGACAGCAAGUCUUCCGGAGGAAUAUGGGAUUCACUCUCAAGUUUUCUUCAUACCUAUUUACCUAGCAUCGUUGGAAGUGAAACAAAAGAAGACAUCCCGAAAGAUGAAACCAUAAACGUGUUCUCAGUAGCAUCUGGUCAUCUUUAUGAACGUUUCUUNAGGAUUAUGAUGUUGACUGUCAUGAAGAACACUAAAAACCCUGUGAAGUUUUGGUUUCUUAAGAACUACCUCUCGCCUACAAUUAAGCUGUCAUCUCAUUUAUCCUUUCCUUGCAGAUUUUGGAAUGUUGGUUACUGGAGAAGUCACUUGGGUGGACGGCCAUAUCACAUCAGUGCAAUUUACGUGGUGGAUUUAGAUCGAUUCAGGCGACUUGCUGCGGGCGACAGGUUGAGAGGACAGUAUCAGGGCUUGAGUCAGGAUCCGAACAGUCUCUCUAACCUCGAUCAGGACUUGCCCAACAACAUGAUCCAUCAAGUGCCUAUCAGGUCCCUCCCUCAGGAGUGGCUGUGGUGUGAAACGUGGUGUGACGAUGAAUCAAAGAGCGGAGCUAAAGCUAUUGAUCUGUGUAACAAUCCCUUGACAAAAGAACCUAAGCUACAAAGCGCUGUGAGGAUAGUGAAAGAGUGGACGGACCUAGAUAAUGAAGUGAGAAGUCUACAAGAAAGGGUAUCCACGCACGCGGCUUCGUCAAAAUCUGAACCAGCUAAACCAGAUUCUCCAGUCAAACCCAAAGAGGAGCUGUAGUUUCUGAUAAUUUCCUUCUUGGACGAAGUUCUGAAACUGUUGUCUUGUUUGGAAUUCCCGUUACGGCAAACAUGGCAAGCUUUUAAAGUUUAGUCUGAUUUGCUGUACCUGAAUUGUUUUCAAGAUGUGUUCUUGCUCGCUGUCUGUACGCUGUCUAAUUAGCAGCCUCUCCUACGAAAACGAGCUGGGCUAUAUACCGGAAGAAGAAAAACAACCUGGCGAAUAGAAGACUGAUACAUGUAUUCUUCAAUAAUUUUCCUUUAUCUCCCAACGUUGUAACUUGUGACGUUCCAUGUUUUAUGAAUUUUCUUGUUUAUAAAUAAUAAAUAUAUAAAUAAAUAAGUUAAUCACGCGUUCGAUAUUUUAGACAAUGACUCUCUCUGUCGCUUUCUCGAUCGGGUCCCGUCUUCGUUCAUUCGGAAAGGAGCGCGGGCUCCUUUCCUGACCAGCGGCUGGUACUCGCGCCUUCGAUUGCAUCAGUGAGGUUUGUACGAAUCUCUAAGCGUUGUAAAUAAAACGUUUGAUAAAAAAUGGUCACGAUGCCCGUGGCUUUUGAAUUCAAGAAGAA